UAAAUUAUAAAAUGGAAAGUAUAAAAGAAGAAAUAUUAUAUUUAGUCGAAGUAGGUGUCCAUGAUUUAGAAUUAACGAAAGAAAAAAUCCACGAAGCGACAAACAAAGAUUUUCUAGUAAAAAUAAAAUUUCUGUCAUUGCCGGUAUUUGUAAUGUCACUGAAUGACUUUGAAUCUAUUUUAACUCCGAGUGAAAAAGAGAAGACAGACGAUGAACAAGGGCAAGUGCAAGAAGAGAAAAAGCAACGUGAGACUGAAGAUGGGAACACAGUAUUUAUAUACGAAUCCGGUAAAUCAUGUGUCUUUGGUAAACGACCGCGUGAUCUUCUCCGUGAAAUGCAAACGACGCCGCUGAGAAUCGGUGUGUUUUGUAAUUGUGAUAUGUAUCCGAUUGCUGAGACGACUGUACUAUUUACCGGUUGCAUAUGCGAUCAAUUCGCAAUGGCUAUGAAUGAUAGCAAGCAUAUGCCAGAACCUUAUGCGCUAAAUGGCUGCUGGGAUCUAAAAGAUCCAGGUGGUAAUCCAGCUGGCAAAAUAAAAGUUGAUUUUAAAAUUACCUGCAAAGGUAAAUUUAUAGUUACAAAUUAUCAGUUAAAAGGAAAGUAUUCGCCUCCUGUUCUUAUUCCGCUGGUCCCUCAGCCAGAUCGAGAGGAAGGUCAGACAGUUGAUCCUGAAACUCCUGAAAAUCAAGAAAUUAAAGCCAAAGCCCCUCGUAAAAGUAAGAAAGAGAAGAAAAAGAAGAAAAAGAAAAUAAUGAAUAAAAAAUUAUCCUUCACUCCCGAUGAAAUAAAAUUAAUAAAGUCACUGUUUAAAGUAUCAGAGGCGCCAAAAAUCGGUAUAAACGACCCGGAAUUUGAAAGCCUAACGGAAGCUGAGAAAUUGAACGACAGCCAGUAUCGGCGUCUAAUUUAUCAGUUGUAUCCAAACGAGCGAACAUGCGGGUGCUGUUCACCCACGAAUGCGGAACGGUAUGGUGGUUGGUGCAAUAGCCGUAAUAAUAAUGGGAAUAUCGAUAGUCGCAAUCACAAAUCCAGUAAAAUACGCUCGGACUUCCCUGUUCGGUGUGGUGGUUGUGCAAGUUCAUGCUGUUCUAGUGCGUGGACGACUAGAUGGCGACAACGACAACAACAACACGGACAACAACGAUUUGAAAGACCGAGUACUGUUGAAGAAAGAAAGAAAAGAAAAGGCUUGAACAAUGGUAACGAUGACAAGGUACUACACUUUAUGUCUCGCUAUUGUGUUGAAAAUCAACCAAGCAAUGAACUUUACAAUGGUACCUACUGUUCAGACGAGAGAAUUAGAGGCGGCGGUGGCAGUACCAGAGAAGAAGACCCUGGCAAACCAGCCAGAGGUGUCGAGGAACUCAAGAACAGUGAGUGGCCAGGUCUAGCAUUGAGUGAAUGCCCCAAGAAUUCCACAUAUCCAAUGAGGUAUGACGAUAUCCCUGCGAGCAAUCAAAUUCAAACUUAUUAUUUGUCUUCAAGGUUUAAAAGUACGUGCCCAGGGUCCAGUGACGAAAGGAAUAUUUUGAAUUCACGUAAGAGCACCAAACAUUCGGAUACAUGCAGACGGAAAAAGUGCCCACACAUCGACUGUCUUACCAGGGCAUUUGAAGAAGCCCAAGAAUUUGUGGAUUCACUGGGCAAAGUCCCGGGUCUGCCGGGCCUGGGGUUGAUGGAUCCUUCAGCGAGUCCUUACUAUCGCGCCCCGCGAGAUUUUAAGAGGGUCAAAAGUGAACUGCCAGAUGAAGGAAAUCCUUGCACAUCAGCAUCAACGUCACCGUGGACUAAGGCUACGCCUUUUACUAUUGCGGUGCCGGGCAGAAAUGGAAUUGUUCGUGAGGCAACUGUAUCUGAUGAUGAUAAUUAUAAUUAUAAAUAUAAUUAUAGUAGAUAUAAUUAUGGAGAUAAAGAUAAGUGUAACGACGAAUUAAAUACGGCUGAUGUGAUUGGUCCUUGUGGAGAACGUCAAUGCAAAGCGAGGCGUAAAAAAGUUCAUCGUGAGACUGUGGUGACUGAAGGUGUUGAAACUCCCGUUGAAUAUGCUGAUGAACCGAAGAAGAAAAGUUAUCUGAUGAGAGAUAGAGAUAAAGAUAGGAAAUAUAAAUUUAACAGACAGAAAGAUUACCAUGCGGGUCCUCGAGGUGACGGGUAUAGAAAAAGUAUCAAGAAGCCCAAGAAGAGAAAGAUCAGAAAGAGAGUUAAUGUUGACUUUGUAAGUCGUUCGCAUUCGGAACGGCUUUACGGGCACAAAAAUUGCAAUGAUCGGUUAAGGAGAGUUCCUGCGCACAUGGGCUGGUUCUGGACUGAGUACCAACCUACCGGUAGACUGAAACCGAGAAUUGGUUGGAGACCUGGGGCGAUUUCGAAGCAAAUUCGGGAGAUGAUUCAAGCGGCGAAGAUUGGGCUGAUUGAAAAACGCAAUCGGCCUGCUUCGGUGCCUUCUGCGAUGAGAAUUGGGAAGAAAUUGAAGACCAAGAGUUCGACGAUGCUGAAGAAAAAACAGCCGAGGAAAUUUGACUUCAAUGCGGAGGAUUUCAAAGCACCUCCGACAUUGUAUAUACAGAGAAGGGAUGGAAUUUAUUACUUUACGAUGUACCCGGUGAAAAAGGAGAGCGAAAACACGCCUGUCCUAGACGAACCGAUGAAACCGGUACAGUUUAAAAUUGCUCCGAAUAGAGAUGACGCUUCAGGUGCUUCUAGCUCAGUGGCUUCUGAUAUGGAUAUUGAAUUUUCACCCCCUGCGGCUCUUAAUCGGGCGAAGAAAAAACCAGAUGUUGUUCAUGUUGACACUCAGGUUAGACAGCAGGAUAUUUUAGAUGCCUUUCAACCGUUAGUUCCGGAGGUUAAGAAAGUUAAGUCACGAAAAAGUAAAAAGAAAAAAAAGAAGUGAAUUUAUUA